AUGGUACUUUUUAGCUUGUUCCUUGUGGUGCACAUCACAACGGUAUGCGUGAAUCUUGUGAUAAUUGCUUUGUACUUGCAAAGCCAACAACUCAAGUCCCCCAUGUACUUCUUUUUGAGCCAUCUCUCUUCCUCCGACAUCUUACUGUCUACAUGCAUUGUCCCCAACCUGCUGGACGCUUUACUGAGAAAUGGAAAAAACAUGUCUCUGGGCGGCUGUUUGGCUCAGCUUCUGGCAACUGGCACAUCCACUGGGGCUGAAUGCUACCUGCUCACUGCAAUGUCCUAUGACAGAUACCUGGCCAUCUGUAACCCUUUACAUUAUAUGAAAAUGAUGAGCCCCAAGCUUUGUGUUCAUUUAGUUGCCUGGUCUUGGUUUCUAAGCUUCCUGAUCUGCCUGGUUAUCGUUCUACUGCUUGCCCAGCUGGACUUCUGUAGAUGCAACGUCCUUGAUUAUAUUUACUGUGAUUUUUCUCCACUUCUUGCCAUUUCAUGCAAAAACAGUUUGGCGCUGGAAAUAACCACCAUGGUUUUGUCCAUUCCCAUCAUCCUUCUUCCUUUGGGGUUUAUCAUUUCAACCUAUAUCUACAUCGGCCUGGCAAUCCUCAGGAUCUCCUCCAGUGUUGGCAGAAAGAAGACCUUCUCCACUUGUAGCUCCCACCUCACUGUUGUCUGCACUUAUUGUGGGAUACUCAUUACUAAAUACACCGUACCUAUUGGGGGGCAGUCAUUAACUAUGAAUAAAGCCAUUUCUCUUCUAUACACUGUAGGCACCCCAUUGCUCAACCCAAUCAUUUACAGUUUUAGGAACCAGGAGAUCAGGGCAGCUUUAAAAAAAUGGAUGACCAGAAGGGUGGGAUAUUAA